AACACAAUGAGCUUCCCAGGGCAGGAAAGUUGCCCAAUAUUACGAAGUUUGAUGCAUCAUUUUUUGGGAUUAACUACAAACAGGCACACAUGUUGGACCCAAAUUGUCGUUUGAUGAUGGAAAGGACGUAUGAGGCUAUUGUGGAUGCAGGUGUCAACCCUGAACACCUAAAGGGACAGAAUGUUGGGGUGUUUGUAGGAGUGUGCUUCAGUGAGACAGAAAGAUUUUGGUACUUUGAGAAGCCACAUGAAAAUGGGUAUGGCCUCACAGGUUGUGUUCGAGCUAUGUAUGCCAACCAAAUUUCCCACUGGCUAGGCAUCACAGGUGAGUUUUUCUCAAUUCCCAAUGGCACAGUUGUAACUGUUUCACCCGUGCCCAAGAGCUUCCAAUUUAGGCACAUUUACAGUAAUGGAACUUGUGUGGAAGUCUCUUGGGCUGAUGAUUCAACAGGCUUAUACCAGCGUGUCUGUGGUAUUCGAGGACGUUCGGUUUCACAGGGCUACAAACAUACCGAAGGAAGACUGCAAGAUUGUCUCUGCAGUGUUCUUAAAGGAAAUAACCUCUUGACUUCUUGCUUUGCCAUUUAUACAGCUGAUGGCUAUGCGCGGAGUGAGGCUGCUUGUGUGAUAUUUCUGCAGAAGGCUCGCGAUGCAAAACGUAUUUAUGCCACAGUGGUGCAUGCAAAGAAUAACAGCGAUGGCUUGAAGGAUGGGGGUAUCUUACACCCCUCCAGACAUGCACAGAAAUUGUUGCUAGAACAGUGUUACCAGGAGUGUGGUACUGAUCCCAGUGCAGUAAAAUACUUUGAAGCACAUGGAACUGGAACCAGAGCAGGAGAUCUUGAAGAACUGAAUGGUAUAGCCCAAGUUUUCUGUAAAGAUAGAAAGACCCCACUCCUUAUAGGAUCAGUCAAGUCCAACUUGGGGCAUUCAGAACCUGCAUCAGGUCUUUGUGGUAUCUCCAAAGUGAUCAUUGCCAUGGAGACUGGCUUGAUCCCCCCAAAUUUGAACUACAACAACCCUCGAGCAGGUGUACAGGCACUUGUGAAUGGGCAAAUGAAGGUGGUGACAGAGACAGUGCCUUGGACUGGCGAGCUUACAGGAGUCAGCUCAUUUGGAUUUGGAGGAGCAAACACUCACAUUAUAUUACGGCGGAAUCAGAAGAAUAAAAUAAAUGGUGGGGCUCCUACUGACUCUGUUCCUCGACUUGUUGUAGCAUCUGGGCGCACAGAAGAGGCAGUUGAUGUCAUCCUCAAAGAUUUUGAAAGCCGGCCAGUUGAUGCAGAAUUUGUGCACCUGAUGCAUGAUAUACAGUCGACAGAAAUUAUUGGCCACAAAUACCGAGGGUACACUCUUCUGACUCAGGAUGGCAGGGAGCUGCGGAGUAUUAAUUUUUAUCCAGGAAGCAAACGGCCAGUCUGGUUCGUGUUCACUGGCAUAGGUUCGCAAUGGCCACGUAUGGGGAAAUCCCUCCUCAAACUGCCUGUUUUUGCAGCGGCCAUUGAGAAGUGCCAACGAACUCUCAAGCCUUACGGUGUGGAUGUUCUCAAUAUCAUCACAUCUGAUGAUCCUAGAAUCUACAAUAACAUCCUCAAUUGCUUCGUGGGCAUCGCAGCCUGCCAGGUGAACAACAUGACAGCAAUUUUAAAUUUUUUCUUGAGAAAAAUCUUUAUGAAUCACAUAUAUCUGUAUCCCAAUCUUAUACAGAAGUCAGUCAUGUUUUCUCUCACAGGUCUGGGAGCUGAGGAGACCAAGAAAUUCUGUCCGCCUGAUAUUGAUGUGUCAUGCCACUAUGGACGUAACAUCUGCAUGGUGUCAGGACCAGCCAAGUCCAUGCUGGAGUUUAUAAAGUCACUGCAGCUUCAAGGCAUAUCCACUACACAGGUGAACUGUGCCAACAUCGCUCAACACAGCAAGCACAUGUCCUCAGCUGGACCUCUCCUGCUCAAGUAUCUGAAGAAGCUGAUCCCGCAUCCAAAGAUUCGAUCUUCUCGCUGGGUGAGUUCCUCAGUGCCAGAGAAUGAAUGGAACUCUCCGUCAGCAACUCACUCAUCAGCCGAGUACCACACGAACAACCUGCUUAGCGCAGUGCUUUUCGAAGAGGUAUCUCGACACAUCCCACGUAACGCCAUCGCCAUCGAAAUUGCUCCACAUGGUCUCCUGCAGGCCAUCUUGAGAAGUUCCCUCAACAAAGGCAUCACCAACAUUGCCAUUACACAGCAAGGCCACCCUGACUGCACCGAGGUCCUCCUCACUGCUCUCGGCAAGCUGUAUGAGCUGGGUUUGCAACCACAGCUGGCAAACUUGUAUCCACCAGUACAAUACCCAGUAAGCAGGGGGACCCCAAUGAUUUCACCGUUGGUCCGGUGGGACCACUCAGAGGACUGGUACAUCAUGUACUUUACAACACAGCCCACAGAGAAAUCCGGUGAAUACUCCAUGGUCAUCAGCUUCCAGGAUGAAUCAGUGGAAUAUUUAUAUGGACAUGUUAUCGAUGGUAGAAACUUAUUUCCUGCCACAGGCUACCUUGAACUUGUGUGGAAGUCUGUUGGGCUGAUGACUGGACAGGUUCAUACAACUGUGUGUGUGGUAUUCGAGGACGUUCGGUUUCACAGGGCUACAAACAUACCGAAGGAAGGAAACUUAGAGUUUAUUGUCAUGAUCCAGAAAGCAAGUGGGAAAUUUGAGAUAGUGGAAGGUAACACUUCAGUUGUGAGUGGUUUGGUGAGAUUGCCUGCCAAUGCCUCUCUUGAAAUGGUAUCACUGGAGCCCCUCAAGCCUUUCAUUAAUGAUGAGUUGCUUGAACUUUCAUCACGAGAUAUCUACAAGGAAUUGCAUCUGUCUGGAUAUAACUACCAAGGACUCUUCCGUGGCCUCGUUUAUGCAGACAACUAUGGUCGAACAGGAAAGGUUGCCUGGAAGGAAAACUGGGUGGCAUUCAUGGACAGCUUGCUGCAAAUGAAAAUCAUUCAGGAAGACUCAAGAGGUCUCUUUGUUCCAACCUACAUCCAGAAGCUCACAAUAGAUGCCAAACGACACGGGGCUGAUGUCCAGGAACUAUACAUUAAGAAUGGAGAUGUUGUGCUUCCAGUGCAUGUGUACAAGGAGUUGGAUAUCAUCCAAUCAACAGGAGUAGAAGUGCGAGGACUCAAAACCAAUGCCAUAGCUCGACGCAAGGUCCUGACCAGCCCUGUACUCGAGAAAUAUGUCUUCAUUCAUAAUGUAGAACCUGCGCACCUUGAUUUGCACGGCGCACUGAGGGUGUGCACUCACAUCACUCUGGAGAACAAGCCUGGCACCCAUGUAAAGGUGGUGGAGCUGCACGACGAAGGCACUGCACUUCUGUCACCUGCCGUGGCCCUCAUCAUCGCAGAUCUUCCACUUAUAAAGGCAAACAUUGCAAUCCUGUCAAAGGCCAAAAACCUGUCAUGGAAAGACUUGAACAAGACGGAGAUCAAGGUCGAGGAACAUGAACUAGAGAACGAGCAGAACUGUACACUCGUUAUCGCAUCGAACGUCCUGCCCCACAGAGAAUUGCUCCAGACCGCUGUAAAUGCCCUGGCUGAUGGGGCCUGCAUCCUGACUCGUGAGAAACUGGAAACUAAGACCCCGAUCACCAGUGGCAUCAGGCUCGAGGUUGUGUUUGAGAAGACUCUCAAGGAUGAGAAGUUGCUCUUGCUCAGGAAGGGAGUGGUCGUGGAAAAUCCAAUUGUGAUCCAUGUAACAACUCACAACUAUGAUUGGCUGCCGCAAGUACAGACUGCCAUCGGUAGUAACUCCAAACGUCACAUUAUUCUUGUAGCUCAGGGUGAACCACUCAGUGGCAUUGUGGGUCUUGUGAACUGUAUCCGCAAGGAGCCUGGAUGUGACUUUGUUAGGUGUUACUUUAUUCCUGAUUCCUCUGCACCCCCAUUUGAUCUGAACUUUCCACUGUACCAGCAACAGCUGAGCAAAGAUCUGGCUGUUAAUGUAUACAUUGAUGGAAAGUGGGGGUCAUACAGACAUCUCCCCCUGGACAGCUGUGCUACUGUCACUGUGCCACACGCCUAUGUGAACAUCAUGACACGAGGAGAUCUCUCCAGUUUCCGGUGGUUGGAGGGAAAUCUGGACAUUGACAGCAUUCAGACGGAACCAAAUGAGGAACUGGUGCAUAUUUAUUACUCUGCUGUCAACUUCAAGGAUGUGAUGACAGCAACAGGAAGGCUGACUUCCAAACCUCCUAAGCGUCGGCUGAAUCUGGGCUGUGUUGAAGGGCUGGAGUUUUCUGGACGUGACCGGAAAGGGCAACGAGUCAUGGGCAUGGUUCCUUCUGGAGCCCUGGCCUCCAUGGUGUUAGCAGACAAGAAUAUGUUGUGGAAUGUGCCUGAGCACUGGACACUCGAGGAUGCUGCAACUGUGUGUUGCGUCUAUGCAACAGCUUACUAUGCGCUUGAGAUGAUUGGUCACAUGAAAAAGGGUGAGUCGGUGCUGAUCCACUCGGGCAGUGGGGGCGUAGGCCAGGCAGCCAUCAACAUUUGUCUGCACGCAGGUUGCACAGUGUUUACCACUGUCGGUACAGAGGAGAAACGGGCCUUCAUCAAAAAGCAGUUUCCACAGCUGUUGGACCGCAAUAUUGGGAACUCUCGAGAUUGCUCUUUUGAGCAACUCAUAAUGGCUGAGACACAUGGUAAAGGUGUAGACCUUGUUCUCAACUCCCUUGCUGAGGAAAAGCUGCAGGCCUCGGUACGCUGUCUUGCCCCUCGAGGACGAUUCUUGGAGAUUGGAAAAUUUGACCUUCAGAGCAACAACACUAUUGGCAUGGGAGUAUUUCUGAAGGAGGCAAGCUUCCAUGGAGUCAUGUUAGACCAAGUGUUUACAGCAUGUCCUGAGCUGAAGAAGAAGUUGUGUGACAUCAUGACUGAAGGCAUAACUUCAGGGGCUGUACGACCACUACCCAGGACUGUAUUUCCCACAACUGAAGUGGAACAGGCUUUCAGGUACAUGACAUCUGGGAAACACAUAGGCAAAGUUUUGCUGCGUAUCCAACCAGAGGAAGAGACGGAAGCAGCUGUGCCUGUACCGCUACUCAUGCAGGCCUAUCCGCAAUACUUCUGCAAACCCAAUUCUACCUACAUCAUUGCAGGUGGCUUGGGAGGCUUUGGUCUGGAGCUGGCUGAAUGGCUUGUGUCACGAGGCGCUCGUAAAUUGGUGCUGACAUCUCGUAAUGGCAUCAAGACUGGCUACCAGAGCUUACGUGUGAGAAUGUGGCGCAGCUGUGGUGUAACGGUAGUCAUCUCUCUGGCUGACAUCACCACAAAGAGUGGCGUUACAGCUCUACUGUCAGGCGCAAAGAAGCUGGGGCAAGUCGAUGCCAUAUUCAACUUGGCUGUGGUGCUGCGAGACAAACUCUUGGAGAACCAGACUGAGGCAGACUUUGCUGCUUCUGCAGGACCCAAGGCACUUGCAACGCAUCACCUGGAUGCGCUGUCUCGCCAGAUGUGCCCACACCUGCGUCAUUUUGUGGUGUUCUCCAGUGUAUCAUGUGGGCGUGGUAAUGCUGGGCAGACGAACUACGGCAUGUACAACUCCGUCAUGGAGCGUGUCUGUGAGGCCCGUGUCAGAGAUGGGUUGCCAGGUCUUGCUGUCCAGUGGGGCGCUGUGGGGGACGUGGGGUUGGUUGCAGAGAUGCAGGAGGAACAGCAAGACAUUCAGAUAGGUGGCACCCUAGUGCAGAGGAUUUCAUCAUGUCUCGAGGUGCUUGACAGAUUCAUGAGGCAGACAUGCCCUGUAGUGGCGAGCAUGGUCGUGGCGGAAAAAUUUGCGAGAACUGGUGAACAUGCAAGUGUAGUGGAGUGUGUGAGCGGCAUCAUAGGUAUCCGUGAUCUGAAGACCAUUAGCCCAAAUUCCACACUGGCAGAAUUAGGGAUGGACUCCAUGACAGCUGUGGAGAUUAAACAGUCACUUGAGCGAGAUUUUGAAUUAUUUCUCACACCUCAGGAGAUCCGAAGCCUAACAUUUGCACGUCUCGAGGAGAUUGGCGCAAUAAACCAGGUCAAUGAGGAGGAAGAACCGUCAUCUCAAGCUGCAUCUCGUGAUGUUGAAGAAUAUCUUGAGAUACAGCAGUUUCUGCUGCAAGUGUUAGGGAACUGCCGGUACGUAAAAGAGGCUGCUCACAUACAGAGCCGCCUGAAGCCGCGUGCUCCAUUCACUCUGCUGGGCUACUCAUUUGGUGGUCUCCUGGCUCUGGAACUGGCACUUAAACUUGAGAAAGAGGGGCGGGAGGGGAAGCUGUACCUACUGGACAGUUCACCAGAUUUCAUGAAGGCGCUGGUGGAAAAAACUGUUGGUAACAAUGAGGAUCAGUUUCAGAUCAAUGCCAUAUGUAAUAUAUUCAGAACUGUUUCACCACGUGAUGCCACAUCAGCAGCUAUCACCAAGUUGGUUCAGGAGAUCACACCUCUGAAAAGCCGGGACGAGAAGUUAGAUCACGUCAUCAGUAAACUUCCUGUGUUGAGAAACAAUGCCGAUCACUACAAAGCUGUUUAUUUGUGUGUCUUGGAUCGACUUAAAACCAUUUCAAACUAUGAGUGGGACUACAAGGAAAAGGUCAAGGCUGAAACCACCCUUCUGAGGCCUGUUGCAAUGGUAGUGAAAUUAGAGAAUGAUUAUGGACUCUCAAAGUGUUGUGAGAAAAAGGCAGAGGUAUAUUUUGUGGACGGCAACCACUUGACAAUGCUGGACAGCAAGGAUGCUGCCGCCAUUAUCAACAGGAAACACCUUCAGUUGCCGUGA